UGAUAUAAUUUAUGAUCCACUACAUUAUUAUAGAAUUGUAGAAUUUGUAACUGUUUUUGGCGCGCUCGCGGAGUUGCUUAUUUGUAGACAAUGCAAGCAAAAUGUAAAGUUUGAAGAAUCCGGAAACCGCGGUCUCGGUUUUAAACUUAUUGUUCGAUGUACUUGUGGUCGUAAAGAAAUCGAUUCAGGGCCGUUGAUUAAUACUAGCUAUGAAAUUAACCGAAGAAUCGUUUUCAUUAUGCGACUAUUAGGCAUCGGCCGAGAAGGUAUAAAUAUAUUUAGUGGACUUAUGGACAUCGGUCAAGGUAUAAGCACGAGUUCAUACACUAUAAGUGUGCAACAUAUAUACACAGCGGCACGUUCGAUGUUUGAUAUUUUCUGCAAAAAAGCCAGUGAAGAGGAACAAAUUGAAAAUGUCAACAAAGGAAGACCUCCAACAGAGUUCAAAGUAUCUGGCAAUGGUUCGUGGAAGAAACGUGGGUUUACUUCGUUAUACGGUGUAACGACCCUCAUUGGAUAUUAUACUGGCAAAGUCAUAGACCUCGUCGUAAAAAGCGGAUACUGCCAAGCCUGUACGUUUUGAAACAAAAAGAAAAGUACUGACGAAUAUAUUGAGUGGUACGAACAGCACAAAGAAGAGUGUUUUGCAAACCAUUCCGGUUCCGCGGGUAAAAUGGAGGUCGACGCCGUGCAAGAAAUGUUUAUGAGGUUCAAGGAGAAAUUCGGCGUGGCGUACACUAAUUACAUUGGAGACGGUGAUUCCAAAACGUACAAAGCCAUUUUAGAUCUAAAUCCAUAUGGCGACGAUCUCCCGGUAGUGAAAAGUGAGUGCGUUGGACAUGUAGAGAAACGGAUGGGCACGCGGCUCCGAAAUGUAAAAACAAGGGAAAAACUUGGUGGAAAAGGAAAAUUGACCAAUGUCCUUAUUACUAAAUUAACAAAAUAUUAUGGAUUAGCAAUAAGGCGAAAUGUAGAUUCCGUUGCCGGAAUGAAGAAAGCUAUAAUGGCAACACUUCAUCAUUUAUGCUCCACAAAUGAAAAUCCGAAGCAUGACAAUUGUCCGGCCGGGGCCGACAGCUGGUGCAAGUGGCAUAAGGCUGAGGCGGCAAGUAAAGAUUUCAACCAUCCCCCUCCACUUCACCCAGAGGUCGUAAAACAUUUGCUCCCAAUUUAUGAGGACCUUUCCAAGGAACAGAUUUUGACAAGAUGUUUAGGUGGACACACACAAAACUCCAACGAGAGUUUUAAUUCAACUAUCUGGCGCCUAGUCCCAAAACAUUUACAUUCGGGAUCAAAAAUUAUAGAAAUCGCCGCCUUCAUUGCUGCGGGUGUGUUUAAUGAAGGAUACUCGUCAAUUUUAAAAAUAAUGAAUGUCCUAGACAUAAAAAUUGGGCAACAAUGUAGAUGUUUCGCCGACAACUACGAGACGCAGCGAGUGCAGCAGAAAGAGCGCCGCAGAUCAAGCAGCACGCAGGAGGCUCGAACAGCUCGUAGAAUCCUGCAAAUGGGACAGCACGAGUUCUAUGAGGAAGCGGAAGACUUGCUGUAUGCGCCUGGUAUAGCAGAUUAGCCUAUGACUGCUACAAGAAUUGGAUCCGCUAUCAUGCACGCCAAUUUAUAACUCCUGCGACGCGGCGCUGCGAAGACAUUCUCAUAUCGCGAUAUUAUAUGCAUAAUGUUUAAAUAUUAUAAAUUUUGUUUAUUGCCUAAACAUCGACUAAAAUACCUGUAAAGUUUUAGAAAGAUUCGCUUUACUGUUGUUUAGAUAAAAAUUCACAAAAAUCACCAAUUUUUCCGCGUCCUAACCGAGUUGAUCCCCAUAAGCGACAAGA